AUGGUGGGAGCAGUCGGGGCUCGCCCAAGCAACUCACUGACCGAUUUGCUUCUAAGCAUCGAGCUUUUCGCCCUUCUUUUUACUUGGCUCCGUGAGUGGCCAAACGCCAAGGGACGUCAUGAACUCUUUGUGUCGUACGGCUUGAAUCUGCUUGGAGCGGCAAGCUGGUGCGCUGCAGGGGUUUACAUUCACACUUGGGAACCACUACCACAGGAGGCAACCAUUUCGUGGCAAAUCUUCUUGAAUUUGGGUGCAACGACCCCAUGGCUCUUUCCACUGGUCAUCCGUGAUAGCUUUUACCGAGCUGACAUGAGCCUGAGUUUGGCCAGGAAGCAGGACAUCACAGUAGCAUGCUUGGCACUCCUCUAUGCUAUGCUGGUCUCAAGCAGCUUUGAUUUUGCGAUGGGACAGUCCCUGGAACCAGUUCCUGUUACACCUUGGCAUUUUCUUGAUGGAAGCAGCUAUGGUGGUCAACCCUUUGGAGUGGACUUUGACUUGCUAUCUGUGAUGCCAUCUGGCAGAACUGAUUCGCAAUUCGUUCUGAGCAUCGUCUUCAUGGCUUCCAACUUCCUCAGUGGUGUCCUUUGUGUGAAAGCAUGCUACAAGAACAAGGAUGCAGAUGGACUGGAGCAACGGGCAGCUCGCCGCCUCACCGCUGGCGUUCUUUCCAUGUUGGCAAACUGCCACCUGCUGGCGGUGUUGGAAGGGGGCAGCACGAUGGAGGAACUCACCUUUCUUGCCAGGAAGGUGAGGGCUGACCACGUGCUGGCUCACGCCUUAAAGGCCAUGGGGUGGACCACCACCAAGCUGGGAGCUCUCUGGGGAUGCGACCAGGAAGUCGUGGACUCGGUCAUCCUCAGAGUGGAAGAGAAAUACCCGGAGUACAAGGUGAACACGGUCGAGUUCGAAAACCUUGUACAGGCGGCCGAGGAGGCCUCAUGCAUCAUUUGGGCUAGGCAUGAGGAGUUGAAGGACUCAGACUUGGCCCUAGCGUCUCGCCUGGCAAAACAGGAGGGCAAACUCGCGGACAGGAGAAAGGCCCGUGAGGAACAGAUCGGGAGCCAGGUGAGGAGAAAGGGCGAGGCCGCCAGGGUGAAAUGGCCCACAAGAGCCACGAUGCUGAAAUCGGCGGCUGGCAGUGAUCUCUAUCAGCGUAAUCUGGUAGAGGAUGCGGAGAGGAAUCGGUGGCUGAAGGAGCUGGCCAAGCAGAUCAAGGAGGCUGACACCUGUGAUGUCUCCGACGCCAAUCAGGGGCUCUUUGCAGCCAGGAUUGGUAAGGGGAGACGUGCCAAUACUCUUAGAAAGCACGUCAAGACCUGGGGCCAGUUCAUCGGGUGGCUGUUGGCUACGUAUGGGGUCAAGUGGCCAGAGAGGCCCUUUCAGUUUGCGGAUUACCUUAUCUCCAGGGCUCUGGAACCAUGUGGGCGCUCGAUCCCAGUGAAUGCUUACAAGACACUGGUGUUCAUGGAGCACGCGGCAGAGAUUCCAAAGGACCUCCAGUUGAACACCUCGGGCGCAAUCAAGAAUGCCAUGGAAGAGGUUAAGCUCCGUCUGGAAGCAGCGGAUCAGAAGCCAAGAAAGCAAGCCGCUCAGCUGUUGGUCGCCAUGGUGUCCGCUUUGGAGAGAAAAGUUAUGGAGCGGGGCGCACCGCACUUCACCAGGGCUUUCGCUUGGUACAAGCUGGUUAAGGUCUGGGGCGCAAUGAGGUUUCACGACACCACUGGGGUCGACUUUGGAUCCAUGAGAUUGGACGGUUUUGCCCUUGUGGCGGAUCUGACUCGCACCAAGACAAGCGGGCCAGGAAAGAGGAUUUCGGUGCUGAAGCUCAUCGUCAGUGCGGAGGCCUACAUCGAGGAGCGCGAUUGGAUGGAGACCGGAUGGCGGAUCUGGGAAGCGCUCUCAGAGGAGGCUGGUUGCAGGGAGAGGGACUUCCUGCUGACGUUGCCUACGACGGGAUUGGAGCACUCCUCAAGGAGGAUGGCCACAUAUCCCGCCGCCAGUGGGAUGAGCCAGGCCCUGUUCCAAGAGCUCCUGUGUCCUUGCACAGGAGGGUGGGAGCAUCUCAUGGAGAUUGGCGUGGGAUGCAUUUGGUCGGAACACUCGGAAAGAGUGACAAUGAGAACAUGGGCAGGAGCAGCCGGUGUGCCUGAGGCCGUCUGCAAGAUGUUGGGACGCUGGACACCCUCUGUGGACCAGUCGUAUGAUAGGUCAAUUGCGGCGCAGGUAGUGCGUGCGCAAAUACACGUGGCGGAGUUCAUCAGAAAGAACAUCGGCCGCGUGGACCCCUUUGGAGAAAACGUGGUUUUGCAGCUGGUGGAGGACAGGAUGUUAGCCCUGGGCUAUCAUAUGAGGGUGGUUGGAGUCCAGAGGGAAAAGCUGGAGUGCUUCGUGACCGUGGGAAAACCAUUGAAACGAGUCAAUUGGUCAGAGGACGCGGCCAUGCCACAGGGGUCCCAUGGCAACGAAGCGUCCGAGUCGUCUGCCGACGAGGACGAGGAUUGGGUUGUGAUUGAUGCUGCCACCAAGAAGAACACGGGCCUAGUUUUGGGAGACUAUGUGGUGAGCAUCAUCGGCAGGGCCAAGACGAAGACCCUGCACAGGUACGGUGAGUGUUAUCGACAGCCUGGAGUACAUUACCGGGUGUUUGAGUCCUUUGGGAGUGAGUUGCCAAAGGCGAAGAUGUACCAUAGAGCCUGCCGGGUAUGCUUCCCGAAAGCCGUGAAGAGCGCGGACGAGUCAGGGAGCGACGGCUCUGGAUCCGACGAGGAAAUCUCCUCCAGCUCGUCGGAGUCACUCUAA